AACAAGGAAUCAACAAGGUCAAGUUGAUGCUGAGCUCUCCUUUGAACAGGAAAAUAUUUUUUUGGACGCUGAAACACUUUCUAAAAUCUACACACCAUUGGUUAAAGAAGUGUUGAGGUUUUUGACAGCUGUCAUUUGAUGACUUUCAGUUUCGAAGCAAUGUUUGCAAUGCUAUGAAACUCGAAAGCAGAUUGCGUUGUGCUUGUACAACAUGGCUGAAACUACAUGUGGUUCUCUAAUUAUGAUGUUUCUUAUUUCUUUCCUGUGUCUGAUCGCGACGUUAAAAACAGUUUCAGUGCAUGGACUGCCUUCAUCUACAAUCAGCCAAGACAAUGGAAACAACAUCCAGCUUCCACUUAGGCAAAACCUGAGCAAAUUCCAAAAUGACUCGAGACUACAUAUUAACAUCACAAGCAAUGAACUAAGCACAGAAGCAAUCCACACGUCAACACACUUCGUCAAAACACCAUCAACAAAUCUGCCUGGGACGCAUACCACUGCCAAUAUGCUGGCUGGAUUAGAAAGCAACAGCACAAAUUUUUCAAAUGUUGCAACAACUGUAAGGAAUUAUUUAUUGGGUGAUGAGAAGACCACUCUUCCUAUUUUAACAGAGAACUAUACAACUGUUUCGCCAUCACCAAGCAUUGUUAUGCACAAGCAUCACUUUAAUAUGAAAAUACUGGACUAUAUUUUUAUACCUGUAGGAUGCUUACUGGCAAUUGUGGUUUCAUAUUGCAUGGUUCGCCAGGUGCAGAAAAUGAGGAGAAAGCGAAGACUUGAACGAGAGCUGUUACAUCAGUAUUCAUAUCCAAACAGCGAGGCAGACGACAUGGAAGAACAGAAUAUUGGAGAUUUAGAAAGCAUUGUUAAUACUCAAUUUGUUGCCUUCAGUGAUCGUUCUGACAAGAGUCUUUAUGAAGAUUCCCCAGAGGUAAACCUGGCAUUUGGUGAAAGCUCCAAGCUAGUUGUUCAAGAACCUGGCCCCCCUUCUCCAGAGGAAGAGCUUCAAGUUGCCACAACUUUUAACAGCUGAUACAGGGGGGAGUUGACAUAGGUAACAGUCGUGUGAAUUUUCAACCUGACGCUAACAUGUGACUAAUUGCUAAGCAGGGCUCCAAAGAAGUGCUGUUAGGACAAUAUUAUUAGAUUUUUCUCCUGGGCAAGUAACUUUUCAUUCAGGUAGAUCAUCUACCAACUACACGUAAAUCAUCAAAAGAGCAAACCAAGACUUGCCCAGGGGAAGCAGAAUUUGAGAGCAACUUGUCCCUAGGGCAAAGUAGAAUUCAAGUACUUUUCAAGCCCUGUUAAGGAGCUUUUCAUCAACCAAAUGAGUCAAUAGUGAAGGACAAAAAAAAUUAUAAGAGAAAUCAUUAAAUAAUAAAACUACAAGUUCAUGCUAAUCAUGGAGUAAUUCAGUCCUGCUUUGAAUGAUUGGGCCCAGGUGACAAAACAGGUUAAAAGCUGUAUAACAUGUUUCUUGAUCAUUUGAGAACAAAUAAUUUAGGGGAAUUAUUUCCAAAGAUGGAAUGCAAUAGAUUUGUUUGUUCUUACAACAUAUUUAUAUCAAUGAUAGGCAUUUCCUUGUGUACUAGAUGAAAUGCUCUCAGUUCUAAGUUUGUUAUAAAUCUUGGGAUGCACAAUUUUGAAAGAUAUUCUCCAGUUUUAAGGCAGUGUAAACUGUGUAAACUGGAUAUGGGUAAAAGGGAAUAUUCGAAUUUUAUAAAUAAUGAUUAAAAAAAAUUUCCCAUUAUGUUGGGAAUUCUGACAUUACUAACAGCCACUUUGGAGCUUCAAAAAACGAUCUUUGUGCAUAGGUACUUGUUAUUAUUUAAAAUAGAUUUCUGAUACAGACAUGUAUUUGUUGUUUUAUAUUUACUGUAUCCGUGAGUUCUGAGAGAUAAGGAUAACUACUUAUUUAAAGUUACGUUGUGAUAUAUUUUUUGGCAAUUUAUUGCACACUAAGAAAUAUUGUUAAUCUGAAAGGUGAUAUGAAUUAUGGGUAGCUUGUGUGAACAGUCUUCCCUACUCUUUGCCAUGAUUCCGUGUUUCUUCUUAUUUCUUAAAUUUCAUUUUUCUAUCCUAUUAAACUACAUGUAGUGUAAGAGAAGGACAAUUAUUUUGGUGAGGGGAGGGGGGAAAGGGGGGUGAGGUCUGGGCAGUUUAAAAAAAAAAAUUCCUGCACUGCCAAAACGGUUGGAAACAAAAAAUGCAAGGGAAGCCACACGGAAAAAAAAAUGUUGAGUAGGCACUUUCUGCUACCAAGGUCCUGUGUUUGACUUUUUAAAAUAAUUCUUGCACAUUCAAGCUAUUGCCCACCAAAACAAAUCAUGCACAAUCUAAAGGUGAGGAAAAAAUUCAUGCCCCAGAAAAUUGCCCAAACUCACCCCACCCCACCCCUCAAAAAAUAAUGGUCCGUUCCUAAAAUUAAGGUUUUUGUAUGAUCUGUAAUGUUGCGUGUUACAAAAUGACUAAAUAUUUAAUGUACAGUAUUUUGCAGAAGAUCGACACUGUAAAAGUACUUACACGUUUUUAAUCAGUGAUGUAGAUAAAUACAUUUAUUGAAAGAGCCAUUUCAACUGUAAAAUUAUUGUUUUGAAACAAUGCAAUUUGUGUUAAAAAUAAUAAACUACUUUUAAAACUUGAAA